AUGUUAAGCUCAUCGACUAUUGUUUUAAAAAAAACAAAGUUGUUAAUGAAUACUGACGAGUUAUUAUGUGAAAUUUCUUUUGUAGCUUUACUCAUUAAUCAUAUACAAUGUGAAACAGAGUUAAUCAAAUCAAAUAAAUUAAUAAUUGGUUCAUUAAUUGAAAUGGAUUAUUGGAAUUUAUAUCGUCUUCCUAAUCAAUCAACUGUUUGUAAUCAAUUUAUAAAUUCAUAUUAUUUGGAUGAUCUAAAUGAGAAUACCAGAUCAGUACCUCUUUCUAGCUCAUCACUUUCUUCUGACACAUUAAGCUCUUCUACUUCUUCUUCAUCAAUUUCCACCUCAUCAUCUUCUUCCUCAUCUACUUCAUCAUCAUUAUCUGGAAGUACUAGCCUUCGGGAUCGUAAUAAACCAACAAACUGGGUUAAUACAAUUGAAUUUGAUCCUGUUGGUUUAAAUGGAUUAAUGCAAUUACCAAAACAAGAUAAAUCACAGCUAUUUGAUUAUAAUCAACGUUUAAAAACAGUGUUACGUAAUCGACAACCAACAUUAUUUACAUUCACUAGUCCAUUAUAUCCAGAUAAUUAUCCACCGAAUACUGAUUGUAUCAAAGUUAUUAAAGGUGAGUCAAAAACAUUUCUAAAAUUGUAG